AUGGCUGCAACACUCAACCGGGGCAUCGCGGUGAUCUCCGGGGGAAGCGCGGCGAACAACCUGGUCGACGUGUUCGAUGCAAUCCGUCAGAGCAAAAACUGCCCACUAAGCUAUAUCAUUCCCAUCAGCGAUAAUGGAGGUUCCUCUUCCGAGCUGAUUCGAAUAUUCGGAGGACCGGGUAUUGGCGAUGUUCGAAGUAGAUUGGUACGCUUGAUCCCGGAUUUACCUGUCAAUCCAGAGAGAAUGGCUGUAAAAACCCUUUUCAAUUAUCGCUUGCCCGCUGAAACAGCUGCGGCAUCCCUUGAAUGGCUCUCCAUAGUGGACGGCACGUCGUCCUUGUGGAUCUCGAUCACCCCGGCAAAAAAGGAGCUGAUUCGCUCUUUCUUCAACAUGUUGAACUUGGAAAUACUGAAAAGAGCCCGACCACCAUCCUCGACUUUUGAUUUUACCUCAGCCAGCGUGGGAAACUUGUUUCUGACUGGAGCGCGCAUUUUUAGCGGAAGCUUCGAAAGUGCCAUUUAUCUCCUGGGGAGCAUAUGUGGUGUUCAGUCGGAUAUUGUGCGGGUUAUUCCAGCGAUAAACUCGAAUUUUUCUCACCACAUCUCAGCGACCCUCACUGAUGGGACAGUCAUUGUCGGGCAGAACAGUAUUUCGCAUCCGAGUGAGACGACGGCACUCGGGAAUGAACCAAUCAUUAGACGCCCCAGCCUACUUCUGGCUGAUGGAGAUGAAUAUGAGGACACGGAUCUAUCUGAUACGUCUGAUACGGUUUCAUACGAAGAGGAUCAUCUACCUGGCUCCCUUGCUACUCUGCGAAAUAAGAACAUCGCGUUCAGCAAAGCGAAAAAUGAGGACUUACCAUGUCGUAUCAGUCGUAUUUGGUACAUCAAUCCCUACGGCCAAGAAAUCCGACCACCAGCCAACCCUCGCGUUUUGGAGGCGCUGAACGACGCACAGGCUAUAAUCUAUAGCAUCGGCUCUCUUUAUACAUCCAUCAUUCCCGCAAUCAUUCUUCGCGGCGUCGGAAAAAGUAUCGUGACCAGUCCAGCGCGUCACAAGAUUCUUAUUCUCAAUGGUUCAUUAGACCGAGAGACAGGUCCUCCAUCUCAAGCAUUCUUAGCAUCCGACUUUGUCGAGGCGAUUGCCCGGGCUGGUGAAGAAAGUCGUGGAAGACACCCUAAUAGAUUUCCACCGCAGCAAGGCUUCCAUGAUUUGGCUUCAUCUCCUGCUACUAUCCGACCACAUACUGUCAUUCCAUACACCUCCUAUGUGACUCAUAUUCUUCACCUCGAUGGACCUGGAACACCUCAGGUUGACAGGGAGAGGCUUGCCCAGAUGGGAAUCGAGACAUUGCGUUUAUACGGUCGCAAGAUCACAACAAAGCAUAAAGAUCAAGAGGCUGUUCUUGGGAUGCAAUAUGACUCCAAUGCUCUGACUCAAGCUAUCGAAGUUGUAUUAGGAAAGAAGGGGGAUGCGAUGGUGCGAGGUGGUGUGGAUGGCGGCUUGAACAGGAGAAACACUCUAGAUCCGGGCAGACGGGAGAAGAGGUAG